AUGAACAUUUGGACAAUUCAAAAGUGCUAUGUGUUGAAGAAGAUUCGUUUGGCUAAACAAACAGAAAAAUUCAAGGACACUGCCCAUCAAGAGACAUUUAGUGGGGUUGGUGGAUGUGAUUUUCUGGGACCAUCUGUUCAUCUCUUAUUCAUUGAUUUCGAGGACUAUGUGUUGAAGAAGAUUCGUUUGGCUAAACAAACAGAAAAAUUCAAGGACACUGCCCAUCAAGAGAUGAAUUUAAUAGCAAAGCUAAAUAACCCUUACAUUGUGGAGUACAAAGAUGCAUGGGUGGAGAAGGAUUGCUGUGUCUGCAUUGUAACAAGUUAUUGUGAAGGAGGAGACAUGGCUGAGAUUAUAAGAAAAGCAAGAGGAAAGUUUUUCCAGGAGGAGAAACUCUGCAAAUGGCUUACUCAGCUGUUGCUAGCUGUGGAUUACCUUCACUCCAAUCGUGUACUUCACAGGGAUCUCAAGUGCUCAAACAUAUUCCUCACAAAAGAAAAUGACAUCCGACUUGGUGAUUUUGGACUUGCAAAACUGCUUAAUAAGGAUGAUCUUGCUUCUUCGGUUGUGGGCACUCCAAUCUACAUGUGUCCGGAGCUCCUAGCAGAUAUACCCUAUGGCUACAAAUCUGAUAUAUGGUCCCUAGGCUGCUGUAUGUUUGAAAUAGCUGCCCAUCAACCUGCAUUCAGAGCUCCUGAUAUGGCUGGACUCAUAAACAAGAUAAACCGGUCCUCCAUUUCUCCACUCCCAACGGUAUAUUCUUCCACAUUGAAAAGGCUGAUCAAAAGCAUGAUAAGGAAAAACCCAGAACACAGGUCAACGGCUGCAGAACUGUUGAGGCAUCCCCAUUUACAACCAUACCUCGUUCAAUGCCACAACUUAUCCCCCAUCUUCCUACCACUAAAUCCUAAAAACUACUCAAGAUCUAAAUCAACAAAAACUCGGCAGUCUGACAAGGCUAGAGUGGGUAAAGACAUCAAAUGUGGAAAGCGAAGACUGCCAAAGGAGUCUGAUAGUUUUCCUGAUAUACCAAAAGGAAAUCUGACCAAAACUGAUUUGCUUACUCCCUCUGAUUUCCAACAAGUUCUCGUUGAAACUAAAAUGGUAGAUCCUACCACCUGUGUCAAGCAAGUCUCUAAGACUGAUGAAUGUCUAAGGGUUAACACCAACUGCAUAGAGAAAAAUCAAAGCCCUAACUUAGCAAAUUCCUUGGGCAGUUCAUUGACUGAUUACGAAGAAGAUACAGGAUAUAAAGAGCUCAGUACUCACAAGCAUCACCAGCAAGCGCAAGUUGCUAACAAUACUGAAACUGUAACUGAGAGAUCCUAUCCGGAAAAUCACAAAAGAAUGGCAGCACAAAAUGCAUCUGCCAUGUAUAGCAACAGGCUUUUUGAAGAUGAAGGGUCAUUAGAAGCUAAAUCAGGAACGUCCUUGGGGAGUUCGCUGACUUAUCACGAAGAAGAUAUAGAACAUGAAAAAGAGCUCACUCCUGAACAUUACCAGCAUGCGCAAGUUUUUAAUAAUACUGACACAGUAGCUGAGAAUUCCGAUCAGGAGAAUCGGAAGGGGGUGGCAAUGCAAAAUGCAUCUCCCAUGUACAGUAACAGGCUUUUUGAAGAUGGACGGGCACUGGAAGCUAAGAAAGAAAUAAAAAAUGAUUAUGAAUCAGUACCCUUGUUCUCUCCACACCCAAGAGGGAUCCCUAAUUCAAAUCCAGAUAUUGCUUCCACUGGAAACACGAAAAGUACAGUGACACUUUCUUGUGGAUAUGAAUUAGGAGCAAAAGCAGAUGAUCUUCACCCCUCCAAGCUUACAGGAAAAGGAGAAUCUCUGGAAUUUAAUCAAACAUCUAGUGACACUUCUACAACGAGUCCACUAGCUGUGCCGCAUGGAAGCAAUAAUAGAAUUGCAUGGGAUACCCUGGGACAACAAAGAUCAGAAGCUCUGGAGUCACUACUUGAACUUUGUGCACAACUACUUAGACGAGAAAGGCUAGAGGAACUUGCAGGUGUACUAAGACCAUUUGGGGAAGAAGCCGUUUCAUCAAGAGAAACAGCUAUUUGGUUGACAAAAGGCCUAAUGAGUAUUCAAAAACAAGGUGAGGAAACCUAGUGGAAUUCUUCAUUAUUUCUUGUAAAUUAUUUAGCAUUAGUCCUGGGCUACUAAUAAAAAUGUAAAACUAACACUUGAUACCGGUAUUAUAUCCCAUCUUCCUCUCAUCCUAUAUCUUUCAA